CAGAGUGGAAACCUCCCAAAACCCUACCGCCCGCCCGCUCGCUCGCACGCACGCUUGCUCUACUCAAGCCCCCGCCGCGGCAAUGGCCGACGGCGAGCGGAGAUCAUGGCGCCUCCGAUCUGGCCCCUAUCUUGGCGAGAUCUCUGCCGUCUCGUUCCUCCCCCUACCCUCUUGCCUCUCCCCUCUUCCCCUCCUCCUCGCCGGAACUGGAUCACAGCUUCUGGUCUACGACGUGGAAUCUGGGAAUCUCCUCAACUCCUUCCAUGUUUUCGAAGGCGUCCGGGUUCACGGCAUCUCUUUGCGAUCCCCCGACUCGAAGGAGGAGUCUUUCUCUCCGGACGUUGCGUGUUUCUUCAUUGCCGUGUACGGGGAACGCACGGUGAAGCUGUUCCUCUUGCGCGUUGAUGCGGUAUCCAGCAGUCGGGUCGGGGAUGGAGUGGGCGUCGGGCUGAAGUUAGUCUGCCGGUUGCCGGCGUUCGACCACUGGGUCCUGGACGCGUGCUUCCUGAAGGAAGAUGGUAUUCUUGUGCUGGGUCUCAGCGAUAAUUCGGUUGCUUUGUGGGAUCUUAGUAUGUCUAAUGUCGUUUCCCGAGUGAAAUCCUCAGAGCGGUGCCUUUUGUACUCCAUGAGGAUGUGGGGAGACAGCAUGAAGACUCUCCGUGUGGCUUCGGGCACUAUUUUUAACGAGAUAAUUAUUUGGAAGUUAAUUCCACAUGCUCCUCUUCCUUUAUCUAAAUCUGCGAAGGAGUCUUAUAAUCACAGCUCAUUGGGCCACACAAAAACUUGGCUUCCUGAUCAACAAUACAUGGCUGUUCAUUCAAGCAGACUCACUGGACAUGAAGGUUCAAUCUUUCGUAUAACAUGGUCUGCUGAUGGAUCAAAAUUGAUGUCUGUUUCUGAUGAUCGCAGUGCUCGUGUCUGGAUAGUUAGUGAUCAAAGGCAGGAUUUUGGUGAUCUUGGUGAGAUUCCUGGUCAUUAUGUUGCAGCAAACGUCACAUUGUUUGGACACAAUGCUAGAAUCUGGGACUGCUAUAUCUCUGAUUCUAUAGUUAUUACAGUUGGUGAGGACUGUACGUGUCGUUUGUGGGGAAUGGAUGGUAACCAGUUAAUGAUGUUCAAGGAACACAUUGGAAGAGGAAUAUGGCGAUGUGAAUAUGACCCAAGCUCUUCCCUUCUUGUUACUGCUGGAUUUGAUUCUGCAAUCAAAGUACAUCAACUCCAUUUCUCUUCAUAUGGAGAGGCAGCAGAACAGAAUGUGGUGUCCAAUGAGUCAAAGGACGAGACAGAAAUCUUUCACAUUUGUGCUCCUAAAGUAUCAAAACAUAUUGAUCUGAUGGAUAGCAAAAGUGAAUAUGUCCGAUGCCUACAAUUCACUCAAGAAAAUUUACUCUAUGUUGCCACAAAUAAUGGCUUCCUGCAUUGUGCUGAGCUGUGUAGUCCUUCGGACAUAAGGUGGAGUGAACUUACGCAAGUAAGUGAAGGUGCGCCAAUCAUUUGUAUGGAUAUAACGGUCAUGAACUCUUUGGAGCAUUAUUUGGACAAGGAAGAUAUUGUUGCUGUUGGAGAUGGUAAAGGAAAUGUGACAGUAAUCAGACUAAUCAAUGAUGAUACCACCCCAAGAAUGGCAUUAUCUUUCACCUGGUCAGCAGAGAAAGAGAGACAGCUGCUAGGAGUUUAUUGGUGCAAGUCUUUAGGAUGUAGCCAUCUUUUCACAGCUGAUCCUAGAGGAACACUGAAGUUGUGGAAAAUACAGGAUGCAUUACCAUCUAAUGCUCAUGACAUUACUGCAGAUCCUAAAGUGUUUCUUAUUGCAGCAUACAUAUCAUGUUUUGGGGAACGAAUCAUGUGUAUCAAUGCAUCGGUUGAAGAGGAGAUUCUGAUAUGUGGUGACAAACGUGGUAAUCUUAGUGUCUUUCCCUUGUCGGAGAGCUUGAUGGCAUCCAAUUGCUGUGAGACAGUGGAGAUCCCUGUUAUUAAUCGUUUUAAAGGUGCCCAUGGGAUUUCUAGUGUCACAAGCAUUUAUAUUGAUACACCAAAUCUUGACCAUGUUAAAAUACGCACGACUGGAGGAGAUGGAUGCAUUUGUAAUUUUAAGUAUGACAAGAAUUUGCAAGAACUGGAGUUUAUUGGGAUGAAGCAAGUGAAGGAAUUAAGUACAAUUCAAUCUGUUGUCAUCAAAUCGAACUGUGAGGACCUAGCACUGGGGAGUUACACAAUAGGUUUUACAUCUGUAGAUUUUAUCAUGUGGGACUUAACAAACGAGACUAAGACAAUACAGAUUCCUUGUGGGGGGUGGCGCCGUCCAUAUUCUUAUCAUUUUGGUGCUGUACCUGAAUAUCAGAACUGUUUUGCUUAUCUGAAGGAUCACACUAUUCAUAUUCACAGACUAUGGUUGUCCUCUGUGGAGAGUAAGUUAUUUCCUCGGAUUCUGCACAUGCAAAGUCAUGGAAGAGAGAUGCAUUCGCUACGUUUCAUUUUUCCAGAGUUGCAGUCAAAUCCAAAGAGAAGCCAUUAUUUAUGGGUUGCAACAGGCUGUGAAGAUGGGACUGUGCGAUUGACAAGAUACACACCUUUUGACUUGGGAAGUUGGUGUGAAUCUAAGUUGCUUGGUGAACAUGUUGGUGGUUCAGCUGUGAGGUCUUUGUGUUUCAUACCAAAGAUUUAUACAUUCAGAUGUGAAACUUACAAUGGCUCUGGCAAAUGUACAUGCCAUCCUUCAAUACCUAGGAAAGAUGACCAGUUCUUACUUAUAUCUGUCGGUUCCAAGCAGGUCUUAACUUCUUGGCUUUUUCAAAAUGAGGCACCAGGCAGUGAAGUAGCAAAUUUAAAUGGGAUACUUGCAGAAUCUGUAUGUAUGCCCAUUCCUGUGAAACAAGAUUUUCCAUCAAUAUCUUUUCAGUGGCUCUCCACUCACCUGCCACGAAAGGUUUCUAGUGGCCAACGCAGGGUGGAAAAGCUGAUGGAAAUUUUUGAAAAAGAGAAGUCUUCCACUAUAGAAUCUACCGUAUUUUGUAGAUCACAUUCCGCAGAAAACAGGAAGGAGGUCAAAUCUGCCUUCAUUGAUCCAACUGAAAAUGACUGGAGAUACCUGGCUGUCACUGCUUUUCAUGUGAAACAUACAGAUAGCAGGUCAACAGUGUGUUUCGUAGUGGUAGCUUGUUCUGAUGCCACACUUAUGCUGCGGGCUCUUCUUUUGCCUUAUCGGUUGUGGUUUGAUGUUGCUUUAUUGGUUCCACAAACAUCCCCAGUUCUUGCACUACAACAUAUUGUUGUUGCUGGGUCUCCCCAUUCUGAAGAUGAUGCGCACAACAGAAAUGUGUAUAUUGUGAUCAGUGGAUCUACAGAUGGAAGCAUUACUUUCUGGGAUCUCACAGAAAUUGUCGAAUGUUUUAUGCAACUAGUUUUGGAGAUUCAACCACAAAUGCUUAUUGGUUGUCAAAGACGACCUCAAACAGGAAGAGGUAGCCAGGGUGGGCGAUGGUGGAGAUCAAUGACAACUCAAUAUUCAAAAAAGGGUGUGCAACAUGGUUUGAGUAGAAUUAAAGAUGGCAGUGAUGUUAAUGAACCAACCCCAGAUAAAACUGCAAGUAAGGGUUCAUCGGUGCAAGAAACUGAUGCUGCGAAGUGUCAAACAAGCUGUCGACAAACAAUGGGGAGCUGCCAUAUGCCAGAAAGAGUUUCCAAUAUGUUGGCUUCUGAAAUUCCUGAAGUACGACCCAUCCAUGUCUUAAAUUCUGUUCACCAAUCAGGUGUCAAUUGUCUACAUUUUUCAGAGAUGAAGGAUUGCUUUCAUUCAAGAUCUGAAGGUGCUUACUGUCUCUUGAGUGGUGGAGAUGAUCAGGCAGUGCACUGUGUUUGCUUUAAGUUGGAAGUACAUUUGACAGACCUGGCUCCAAAACCAGGUGAUCUUGCAAACCAGGGUGGUUCAAUUCAGCAGCCGUCGGGAUCCAACUUCACCCAGAAGUGUUCUCAUCUCAGUUUGAAUCAUGAAACCGAGCUUAAAAUACUAAAUCAAAAUAGAGUUGCAUCAGCUCACAGCUCAGCAGUGAAAGGUAUCUGGACAGAUGGUAUUUGGGCUUUCUCUACUGGUCUUGACCAACGGAUCAGGUGCUGGCAGAUUGACCAUUGCGGUAAACUAACUGAGCAUGCCCGUUUGAUUAUUAGUGUGCCAGAGCCAGAAACGAUGGAUGCAAUGGUCUGUGACAGCAAAAGAAACAGAUAUCAAAUUGUGGUAGGUGGAAGAGGCAUGCAAAUGGUGGAGUACUAUGCUUCUCAUGAGGAUGAAUAGAUCUUGGUGUCCCUGUACCAAUAGUUUUGCAGGCAUCUCAUGGACUGACAUCCUGAGAGAAACUGUCUUGUUAUUGACCUUGGGAGGCAAUAUUGAAGACCAUGGUCUUGAAAAUAGUUCUGAUUCAGUGCGACAAUUCUUAUGCUUCAUUUGUUCUCAAAGAGAACUUGUAGAUGCUGGUGAUAACUAUUCAGCAUAUUGUGAAAAUUUUUUGCAGCCAAUUCAACGCGGAUGCAGGUUUGAAGGUGGCCUUGUUUCCAUUUAUUGAAAAUCUAAGCGCUCAGGGUUGAGUUGGUCUUUGUAACCAAAUUGUAUCCCAACAUACCCGUAACAAUAUUUGUUAGGUAUAAUUACAGAAUUUUCAUGUAGCGUAUGCAAACAUAAACAACAAAAGAAAAUACGGUGCAUGCCUUAUUCUUUAUUGAAGGUAAUUUGAGCUUAAUAUAAAAAUUCAUCCUGCCAGUAUCCAAA